AUGGCCAGCGAUGAGACCCAUUCACAAGCAUAUCGGGAGGCCGUGCAAAAAGUCAUAGCCCGGGCCCUAAAUGGGGACGCGCUGCCCCAGAUCGAGACGUUGCUCGUCCGCUCGAUCAACCAGUUUUACAAGCGCAUCCCACGGAAUAUCGAGAGUUUCAAGGGGCUUCUCCACUGCGUCGUCGAGUUAUAUCGAGUAAACCCUGGGCGCGCCGAGCAGCUGCUGGUGCCAUUGGCUCAAAUUUACGCUGCAGGAUCUCCGUUUGAGCGAGCAAAAGUGCUAGAAGCGGUCCGCACCUCCGAGCUGAACCUGUAUUUGAUAUGGCGGUGGCUGGCGGAAGCGGAUGCGGAAUGCCAGGCGGCAAAAACCUCGCCCCCGGCGCGCGCUCUCUUCAUGACGAUACUUUACGGCGGGGAUUUCAUCAAGCAAAGAUCGAUGGCGCCAGUCGUGCUGGGCAUGGGUGCGAAUGCACACUACAAUCUGGGCAUCGCCUCGACGGGGGAAGUGGUCAAGCCGCGGCUCGUUAACACAGAUAAUGAUAUAAUCAAAGCCUCGCUCUCCACAUCACAUUCCCUCCUACUCGCCGCCGAUGGCUUCACGUACGCGAUGGGAAGAUGUGAAUCCAACCGCGCCGGCCUCCCCCAUCACGAAUUCGCGGCCAGCCCUCAAUUGGUGCCGCUGCCAAAGGGCACCAACGUUGUCGAUAUUGCCGCCGGGGAGGGCUAUUCGCUAUUUCUGACACGAAAAUCGUUGUUCGGCUGCGGGUCUAACAAAAAAGGACACUUGGGCAUCGGUAAAGAGGUGAAUUCAGUGCCUUUACAGCGGUUAAACUUACCGCCAUUGCGCGAAUUGACGCUUGACGAGGUUGUGGCUGAAGACAAUUUCACGCUCGUCACAACGUCCAUGGUCGGCCAGUACUACCUGUCGGGGACGAGCUUUGGCAACAAAGGCAUCACCAAGACGUUCAGUUUGUAUGAAGAUUACGACCCGGAAUGGGAUGAUAUUUCGACACCAUGUGACGCAAAACUCAUCCCCUGCCCCAGGAUAUCCGCCAAGCCCCAUUGCGGCAUCGUCACCGGCCAAUUGCUGAACUUGAAAUUUGGAAAAGAGGAAUAUACAGUGCGCUUCAUCCUCUUCAACAAGCGCAUCCACUACCGCUUCGCCCUAUCCCACUUCAUCGGCGAGGUCCAUUCCAUCUACCGUGGUCGGGUGGCAAUCUGGCCAAAGUCGGACACUCUGUUCGAGGCGGCCAAGUCGUCGCACAAGCGAAAUGAGCGCGACAUGAGCUACUUGGCUGUGGUGUUUUUGUUAGAGGCAAUCCCCAACACGGCUUACGCACACUCGCUCGGCAUCUCGCCUGACGGCCUCAACGCCCUGUUCGUCAUCGGCGCCAGGGAAGAGCUUGAGAAGACGAAGCCGAGAAGCUGGGCCAGCCAAAGCCUCAUCGCGAACCCGAUCAAGGACGUGCCGUUUGAUGCAAAGAUUUGCCUCGGCGGCCGCUCUUGGCCGAUCAUGUCUUCGGUGUUGGCCCUCCGCGUCCCCAACGCCCACCAAUUCAUGAAGGGCAAGAAUUUGCAUGUCGAAGAGGUGCUCGCCGGAUUCCCUGUCGUCUCCAAGCGGGCCGACUGGCGCAUCGAGUUCUGUGAGAUGAUCGUGCAGUACGUGAAGGAGGGAUUCGUCAUUUGGAAUGCGGACAUCUGGGAGCAAGAGUCCGACGCCUACGACUUCAUCAAGCGGGCGCUGGCCGUCGUCGGGUUGAAGGCCAUUGGCUACGAGCCAAGUUCGGGGCGAUGGCGACGCGCACUUGUUUCUAGCGGCGGCACUUCCGGUUCGACGCAGUCCAACUGUACGCUCGUUUGCGUCGACCCGGACGAGAAGACGGGUGAAAUUUCGGCCAAUCGGCAACUCCUCGAAAUCUACUCUCACUACUUUGUGCUGGCCGGGCGCCACGAGGGGAAGGAUCGUUUUGUCGUGCGGGAAAGCCGGGAUAUUGUCUCGAAAAUUCUGGAGGCCAUGGCCAGCCCCGACAGUUUGGUCUGUCGCACCAAGGAAGAGCUUUGCCGCAUGCUACUCUUCUGCGACAGCUACCUGAUGGAGAAUCUGAUUGACGACAUCGUGCAGGCCUAUUUUGUUGAUGCCACACCGAGCUGUAUCCAGGACAUUUCGAACCUCUACAAUUGGUCGGUAAUCGCGCAGGACGCCAUCGUCCGUGAAUUCGUUGCUCGUCCGGAUCUUGUGUUCCUCUACUCGAAGUCGGCGUCGCUUGGGGAUGAGCUGGCGAAGAGAAUUUGCACGGCCAUCGAACAGAAGCAUUCACGGAAGAACCAGGUGACCGUCAACAACCCCCUGAUGGUCGGCCAGGCCAUCUGGAACUCGACGUCGGAUCGCGAUUGGGGAAAUGUAGAUGAGGAACGGCUGAUUUUCCAAUCUCUCUCGCUGGACCAUUUUGCCGAUUACAUGCUGGGCAGCGGGCCCAGGGACAAGGAGAUGAACUAUUUAAAGACGUAUCUAACCAGCGCCCGUGGCUUCAGCGCUAAUGAGGGUACCUCAUCGGUCAUAACACCGCUCGAUCGCGAGGAAUUCGACUGGAUGGAAGCCGUGGUCGACAGUUUGAAGGGAUACGGGCCGGAAGAGGUCGAAAAUAUCUCCCUCAACCAGCGGCGGCGCAGAAGGCGGACCGACACCGAGAGAAAGACGAUCAACAGCAUUUCGGAGGAGCCGCAAGAUGAGCUGGUGGUUGCGACGGAAAAGUUGAGGCUGGCUUCAACUCCCGAAGCCCCCCAAAAUUCAGCCGCUUCUCCACCGGUUACGAUUUCCACUCCACGACUACCAACGGAGAGCCCGGCGGCGUCUCCAUCAAGUUCACGGCUCGACGAGCUGUUUCCGACCCUGGGAUCGACCCCAUCCCCGGCCCCUAAACAUGGCAAGAAGAUGAACAUGGGCUCCGCGUCGUCUUUUCGACGAUUUCCGGAACCGGUGGUCAGGAAUCCAGUGGACAGUGUGGCCCCUUGGGCGCACGUAAGCACCCCUGCCGCUCCGGUCGACUUCCCACAACUUGGCUCUACCCCACCCGGAUCAUCGAAAAGCUCUUCAAGACGCACACCCGGCCAGCGUACGCCUGCUUCAACGAGCCAACGAAUAAGGAAAGAGAGCUGGACGGAAUUCCCAAGCCCAGCGACUGCCUCGAGCCCGGGCUCCUCGCUAACGGCCAUCAUGCAAGAGGAGAAGCAGCUUCAAGAGGCCCGCCAUCGACGGACCCAUCGGCCACUCGCUUUUGUGGAUAUGGAAGAACAAGCAAUCGCCGAACUCCACGAGCUCUAUCGACAAGAAUACGGCGAUGAGGUCCUUAUCGACGUUUGCCGCGUUGACCCCGACACCGCGGACCCGGUCUGGAAUCGACCCAAA